GCGUCAGAACCGCUUCCGGUGGAGGCGUUCGUAGGGAAGGGGGUAAAAGAAAAGGUGUUUUUUUUGUUGCGCGGAACCGGCGCAGGGCUGCGGUGGGUGGAUUCCGGUACAAGCGGCUGUCCCCCGGUUAUCUCGGCGCCAGGGCAUCUGGGGGGCGAAGGAAAGGAGGGAUGGAGGAGGGAGGGGCAGGUGAGCGGGGAAAGACUUCGGAACCUCCCGUAUAAUUACCCACCUUGUGUCCGGGCUGCCUGGAGGAGUAAGACGCUUUGUGGGGCCUGCCGUCAUUACUUCUCCUAAGCUUCUGCACACACUUUCUGCACAGUGUUUCAGCUAGCAUAUAACGCCUGAAGGAAAGUAACCAUCUCAUAUGAUUACUUGGCGCUCAAGGGAACUCCAAACUGAUGUAUCCCUUUUCCUGCUGUGUCUUUGGACCGUCUUCCCAUAAGCCCUCCCUCAUGAAAACUCUUUUCCAUCUGAAACCACAGCCAAAGAAAAUGGACAUGCCAAUCAAGAAGAUCUAGAUGACUUAAGCAAGAUGCAGCUGUCGACUGCCCAAGUCCUGCACAACUCAGGUGUCCCCCUGACAUCGUUAGGAUCUGCUGUUGCCUUGAUCUUUGUGGAUUAAGUGAUUUCUCUUAGCGGAACAGUGCCACAGGGAGUCAUGGCCACCACAAACCCUUUGGACAACCUCCAGGUGGAAGCCAGCUGCUCCGUCUGCCUGGAGUACCUGAAAGACCCUGUGAUGAUCGACUGCAGCCACAACUUUUGCCGAGUUUGCAUCACCCGCUGGUGGGAGGACUUGAACCGUGACUUCCCUUGCCCUGUCUGCCGCAAGACUUUCCGGCACCGCAUGCUGAAGCCCAACCGGCAGCUGGGCAACAUGGUGGAGAUAGCAAAGCAGUUGCAGGUCAGCAACAAGCGCAAGGUGCGGGACGAGAACUUGUGUGAGAAGCACCAUGAGGAGCUCCGCCUUUUCUGCAAGGACGAUCAGGAGGCUGUUUGCUUGGUGUGUGAGAUUUCCCAUGAGCACCGGUCCCACACAGUCAUAUCCUUGGAUGAUGCCUCCAUUGAAUACAAGGAAAAGCUGCAGAAAUGUUUGGCGCCGCUGGAACGGAAGCUUCAGGACAUUGCUAACUGCAAAUCCCGGGAGGAAAAGAAGCCUGGAGAGCUUAAGCGGAAAGUUGAGAGCCGCCGGCAGCUCAUCAUCAGUGAGUUUGAGGAGCUGCAUCAGUUCCUGGGGGAGGAGCAGCAGAUUCUGCUUUCACGGCUGGAGGACGAGGAGAAGGAGAUCCUUCAGAAGCUGAAGGAUAACGUGACCCAGCUGUCAGAGCAGCGGCUCUCCCUCAACAACCUCAUCGCGGAGAUUGAAGAGAAGUGCUUGGAGUCAGGCAUAGAGAUGCUCAAGGAUGUCAAGAACACUCUGGAAAGAUGUGAGGAGAUUCAAGCCCAAGAGCCGGCUCUGAUUUCUAUCGAGCUGGAGAAGAAUUUCUGCAACUUCCCUCGACAGUACUUCAUCCUGCGCAAAAUCAUCAAAGGGCUGACGGGAGAUUUUACCCUGGACCCUGAAACAGCCCAUCCCAACCUCGUGCUCUCCGAGGACCGCAAGAGCGUCAAGUUUGUGGAGCAGCGUUUGCGAGAUCUGCCGGACAGCCCAAGGCGCUUCAGCGUGUACCCUUGCGUCUUGGCAACUGAAGGCUUCACCUCAGGCCGCCACUACUGGGAGGUGGAAGUGGGUGAAAAAACCCACUGGGCUUUGGGGGUUUGUAAUGACUCUGUAAGCCGCAAAGGGGAGACAACUUCUCUGCCAGAGACUGGCUACUGGCGAGUGAGACUGUUCAAUGGGGACAAGUACGCAGCCACCACUACCCCGUUCACGCCACUCAACGUCACUGUCAAACCCAAGCGAGUGGGCGUUUUCCUAGACUAUGAGGCUGGCAAGCUGUCGUUCUACAAUGUGACAGACCGCUCCCAUAUCUAUACGUUUAUCGACAAGUUCACCGAGAAACUUUGGCCUCUCUUCUAUCCAGGGAUCCGUGCUGGCCGCAAGAACGCUGCCCCCCUCAUCAUCAGGCCUCCCACAGACUGGGAGUGACGACAGAGACAUGUUACAGCCUUGUAGGAUUAGCCCUGGCUUUCUCUACUUGAAAAGGGUGGGAUAGGGGAAUGGCAACUUGGGGUCCCAGCAGUGUCUCUCCAGCAGCUACGAACAAAAAUGACACCAGAAGGAAAUAUUGCAGGGAUUGUGCGCUCUCUCUCUCAAAAAAGCAAAAAUUCUAAUUUCUAUUAAAAGAAUGACGGUAAGUAAAGGAAGAUGUCAUUGGGCAAAAAAAAAAAAAAGGAAUGGGAAAUAGUGAGAGCCAAUGAAAGUCUCGUUUCCUUCUGCAAUGUUAACCCCCUAUAGGGGAGUUAAAUCAGAGACAAUGACACUCCAACAUAAUCUGGUAUUAGGCAAAAGGGCCACAUGGUGUGCACUAGCCAUGGGCGGAGCUGGUGAGGAAUUAUGCAGGUCAAAAGGGCAGCCCUCUGGGAAACACUGAAGGCACACGCUGCAGGGAGAAUAUUAAAUUGACCCACUUGUGGGAAAACUAGAUGAAUUAUGGAUUUUUGUGCGUAUAACCAGUUUUGCAGGUUUUAUUUUUGUUGAUGGAGUGCUAUAGUGCAUGGGUGGGACCAAGGAAAACAGCUCAGGAAUAGGCAGGUGCCUUCUCUUCUAGUACAGCCAUGUACUUCCAGGAGGUCACCUAUGCAGACUGUUCAACCCCAUCAACUGCUUGGGGAAUUUCAGUUGCCCUGCUGGUUUGGACUGCCAAGAUGGGAAAAGUGGAAUUGGUGCCCUGGACUCUUCUUUCCCCACUUCUCCCUGGAAAGUCGAAGCUGUCUGGUAGCCAUCUUGGACAAACUGAUCUCAAGAUCCCAAUAUGACUUUGAUUGUAUCUGAAAGGCCAGGGCUUACAGUCUCCCAGUGGUAGAUGCUUCAUUUUUUGUCCAUGGCAGUUUCCUGCUCAGGGCGUUCAGGUCAUCUGACCCUGCCCCCCCCCCCAAGCCACCGUCACAGCCUUCCGCAGUGGUGAGUUUGGCAGUAUGGAGUGCUGAGACUUCUGUCCAUGGGCACCGCUGCCCCCUGAUAUUUACCACAGACAGGGAGCCACCGUGGGUCCAAGUGGGGCUUGAAUGUCUUCCAGUACUUCACUUGAAUGGAGAGAGAGGCUCCUCUCCAGACCUCUUUCUUUUGGAAAUUCACUUUUGUAGCAUGUUUUACAUUGGAAAGUAUGUGUGUGUGUGCAUGCAUGCCUGAUGCUUUUCAUGUAAUCUUCCCUACCCCCCAACAUGCACACACACUCAUUUUGGUGAUUGAAUAGAGGAGUAACUAAAAAGGCUAAAAAGAAAUGCCCAUUCAGAGCGGGGGGAGAUCUGAUUAAGGUGCAUGCUGACACGUCUGAAUGCCGCCCGUGUGACCCCUGCUUGACUGGAAUGGUCUUAGGAAGAAGCCUGUUUUGUUUAUGUUUUAAAGCUAUUGGAACCUGGCAGAUCGGGGAAAGAAGCAGGUACAAAGCUGUAGAGAUAAGAGCUAAGUGGGGUACUUCCGUGAGCCCCCGUUUCCUUUCCCUUUGACCUAAAAUUUGAAACAUUCUUUCAGGUGCAGUUUGAGCAGGUUUAUGGGACAAUUAUUUAUUCUUUCAGUUAAGCAAAGUUCUUUUAAAAGAUGUUCUGGAAAUUACUGCAAAAGGGAUUCCUCACCUUUUUUUACAAGAAGAUUAAACUAAUCGUUCCAAAAAGUGAAGAGAUCAUAGCUACAGGGGUUGAUGCUGGAGUUGUUAGAAAGUGGAACAGACUUUUGCUUGUGCUCAGGUCUAAUUUUUAGAAGUUCAGAGUUCUCUGGAUUAAAGUUGAGGUUGUUUUCAUGGGUCUUAACCCCACAGAUGGUAGCUAAACAGAGGAUUUGAGGGGAGUGGAAAGAUCAUGGAUUGGAUGCUAAUGCAGAAAAAAUUUCCUUCAUCUCUGGCAAGUCUUACCUAGAAGAUAGGAGAUUUGCUGGUCACAAACAGGAAGACCAGACAGGGAGGGGAGCACUCCUCCCCAGGCUGGUUUAGUAAGUUAGUUCAAAAACCAUUAUGAGCUGAGUGUGUGUGAUUAGAAUACCAAAAACAAACAAAAAACCCACUGAGUUGGAGAACAUGAUUUGCAGUUCUGCCUUCUAAGCAUGGCAGGGCUAAAAAAAACCUGAAACCAAAACAAGCCCUGUAAUUCCACAGGGAACAGACUAUCUAGCUCAUCUGCAAAUUAUUUUGACAAGCCCCUCCCAUUGGACAGCCUGGUGGCUCUUGCUUGAAUUCCUGUUGGCUAUGGGAAGCCAGUGAGAGCAACGAAAAGUAAUCAAGUGUGGCUACUUUGAACCCCUGUGCAUGGGUGACUGACGUGUUGGCAGUUCUUUGGCAAUCCACAGCUUAAUGCAAGAAACUUAACGUUGUGGCUUGUAAAGUUAUUAGUAAAAAUGUUUUAUUGAC